AUGCUACCUCCGACCCUCCUCGCCCUCCUCCUCGCCGCCGCCGCAGCAACAGCGACGUCCGCGCAUGCGAUCCCGCGACCAGUCAGACCAAUCAGCCCAGUCGCCAACUACAUCAACAACCACAAGUCGCAGCAGUCCCGCCUAACGCCCACCCCGCCCGACGGCAUCUGCAGACCCUCGACCUUCAGCCCGCUACCCUCCAGCAGCACCACCAAGGCCACCACUACCACCACCACCACCCGCACCAAAGCCCUAGCAGAAGACUGCGACGCGCUGCUCUACCAGCUCUCGACCCUGCCGCUGGGCGGCGAGUGGGGCGGCGGCCACACGGGCGGCGCCUUCCAGCUCGUGCGCCGCCAGACGUGCGCCGUGCGCAUCGACGGCGACGGCAGGGAGCGGUUCAACGCGCGCGACGUGAUGGAUAUCCUGGAGGGGACGCUGCGGCGGUGGCCGGGGACGGACGCUGACGAGGAGGCCGGGAGGACGGGGGCGAGGGGCGUUAUGGGGUGUGGGGAGGGGACGGUCACUUGGGAGAUUUCGGAUUGA